CCUAGUUAGACCUAAUUGAAUCCAUUUCGGUCAACUUUCUACCGUCAUAGUUUGACGACCUCUCAUCAUAUAACGUCACAAUGUGUUGAAUCUAAAUUACACGCGGGUUCUUGAACCGACCCCAGGUAGGUCACCGGAUGGAAGAAUUCUCAGAGCGAAUGGCAUUGUGAAGCCCAUGGGACAAGUAUAUCUGGACACCAAUAAACUUUCGUUCACAGCUUCCGAGGAGUCGGAAAAUACACCGGAUAAAGCUAAAGGGUUAAACAGCCGUGAGCUACCGACCAGCGGUUCUGCGGGGACGUUACUGGAAUGAUGAGUGAUGUCAACUUUCAGGGUUCAUCUUCUCCUCGGCAUGGGAAAGUGAUGCAUGUAUGCUGCGGUUGAGCUGGAGCGUCAGUGAUCAUCCCACCAACCUCUAAGGUUUCCCCCACGGCUUAUAUAUGUAUCGAGCAAGAGCCCCGUGGGAUUGCCCUGAAGUGUCCGGCAAUGAAUCACUAGAAUCUCAAUUCUCGUGCGACAUGUCUUCAUAUUCUUACCCCGGGACCCUGGUGCCUGAUACAUACCAGGUAAGGAUCAAUUCCGCGCGGGGGUAUAAAGCUGCUCUUCAUAACCCGCGCGUAUCGGAGGACGCAAAACAACAUGCUAGUAAGAUGCUGCAGGAGAUACAUGACGAGGAAGCGCGCCGCAAGCCUUACAAGAGCGCGGAACCAGUCAAAGACCCUGCUCGGAUUGCAGCAGGACUGAAAGGCGCGCAACAUAAUCCUCGAGUGUCUGGAGAGGGAAAGCACCGAGCUACAGAGAAACUGCAUGAAAUGGGCCGCGACAACCCAGAGUGUUAAAUCCAUUAUUGUAUCCCUUUCAUCAAUACUCCCUGCGUUAUUCAUGAGGAUCAAGUUUGGCAGUCUUCUGCGUUGUGUGGUAUCGAAACUUGCUUUGAUGAGAAUGUGAAUAUGUUAGUGCUACGGACACAGGUUCAGCGAGUUAGAACCUGAACUAAGUUGCAAAUAUUUUAC